UUUUUAACAAUACGAAGGCUUUAGCUGCAACGUGUUUUGGUUUCCAUGGAAAACGACUUACCAAAACAGACACACAGACACAAUGUGUUUCUUGUAAUAUAAAAACACUUCCCUAAUGCAUACUCAACACGGAUUCCCUUCUCUUUAACCUAAACUUGCUAUAUAUAUAUAUAUAUGCAAAUCCAACUCUCAUGAAAGUUACCAGUGGAUCCAUACUCUGUUGAUGAUGGAAGACAAGUUUAUUAUUGUGCUUGAAAAUAUGCCUACCCAAUAAAGGUUUUAUGAGAGGUAAAAUCUAGAUGGUUUAGGAGAGAAACUAUCUUUAUCUUUUAACUUUGUCAUUAUAAUAAUAGGAAGAUACCAGUCCCUAGACAGUUGUAUGCCCCUUUCACUUUCAUCUUUUCUAUCUUAUUUUUCUCUCCUUUUUUUUUCUUCGAAAACCUACCAGUCAGUAUCAUUCCAAGCAAACUCCUACAAGCAACCGACACCUCUUUUUCCUUUAAUCUCUCUCUUUAUUUUUUUUCUCAUCAUCUAAAUUGAGAAUCAUUACUUAGUUUAAUAAUAAAAUGAAAAAUAUACUAUUGGGUGUGGUUAUAGUAUUCAAAACAUUAUCUGGUUUAUUGUAGGCUGUUAGCUUCACUUUAACCAAAGUGUUGGUAGAGUAUUCAAAACUUUUACCUGUUGACAAAAAAAAUAAAGAAAAAAUUAAAAAACUAAAAAGAAAUAUCCUGGAACUGGGAACUUGAACCCUGUAAGGGAAGGCAUUCUCUUAGUGGGUCCCUUUGGACCACCCUUAAUUUGUCAUCCUGUUAGAAGGGAUAAGCUCAUAAGAACUCAAAACCGUCAUUUUUCUCACUCCAAAGAGCUAGAGGACACCAUUUGUGCUGGUGGCCUUUGCUCUCAUCACUCAUAAUUCCACAUAAAACUCCUUGUAAAGCCACCUUUUUUGAUCCAAUAAUUCAAACCCCUUCACCCACCUCACUUCCUAUAAUAACUCCCCCCAUUUGAAUCAGAUUCCAUUUCCUAAAAAAUAUGAUUCACCAAGAGAUGGAUAUUGAUCAUGAAUGGGUUUUCCUCCCUGAUAAUAGAUUCCUGGAUAUCAAUCAAGACCAUGGAGGAAAACGAGUUUCUGAUUCAAACCUUGUUUUCUUCACAGACUACUUCGAUGAAGAACAGUCUCCGCCAUCAGGGAAUUCAGGGAAGGUAGCUAAACAAGUUGUCCCAGUUCCAUUUCCAUUGGAACCAAGAAUCCUUAAGGUUCCAGAAAAUGAAAUAGGGAAGGAAAUCACCAAAAGGGUACCUCUUGAUUUCAGUUCUACACCAUCCAUGAUUCUUGAGAAGAUCAAAGAAGGUGGUAUGGAAUCAGUUGGAGGUGAUAAAGAAGUGAAGACACAAGUUUCGUUUAGGAAACCAAGUUACAACAACAAUGAAUCUGUCGACAUGACCAACAAAAUGGACUCACCAAGGUCCACUACGAAAGGAGUUAUCCCUCAAUUGGAUGCUGCAGGUACGUUUAAUUUUGAUGAUGAAACUGAGUUUUUGGAGAACAUGAAUUCCCCCAAAAUAAAAGAUCUGGUGGAAAAGAAAGCUGAGAACAAAGAUGUCAACUGGGAAGAAAGCUCUGGUGGCCUUAAUUUAUGGAAAUGGAGUUUGACUGGUAUUGGAGCCAUCUGCUCUUUUGGUGUUGCUGCUGCUACCUUUUGUAUCAUCAUUUUUGGAACUCAACAAAGGCACAAACAACAACAACUGAACCAAAAACUGUUGUUCCAACGUUACAGUGAUGACAAGAGGAUGAAGCAAGUGGUUCAUCACACAACCAAACUCAAUGAAGCAAUUUCAGUGGUGAGAGGAGUACCAAUCACCAGAGCUCAAAUAACAUUCGGGGGUUACUAUGAUGGUAUUUAAAGCAAUAUUGCCUGGAGAAAUCUGGACCACUCGUCUGCUGUUAUUCUCCAAGUGUCAAGGAUUUACUAUGCCAGUUCUAUACAAGAAUUUUAAAUAGGGUAUCUGUGUUUUUGUACAUAAUAAAAUGGUAUAUGGAUAGUGAAUCCUGUUUGUAGUCCUUAAAAUUCUAUAUUACAGUGUUUAUUCAGCAACUUAUAAUAGAUGCUUGCAUCCUUGGCAUAUGCAAGCAUAGUUUUUAAACUGUGGGAGUUGAUGUUAGUGAAAUGUCUACAAAUUCAGCACUUAUAUGUAUAAAUAUUGAGGAACAUUAAAUUUAUCAAGAUUUUCAUCAUUUCUCA